CAACACAGGUGCAAGUUUGCCAUGGCAACAUGAGCCAAUUCUCAUUGAUGCCACCUGUGACUGACGGGCGGACGUUUAAAGAAAACUGGCGGAAAGAGUUAGAUUUAACAGCGGCACCGAGGUUCAACCGAGAUGAAAGCGUCCCAUAAGCACUCUUUGCUUUGGGGUGGGGACUGAACUUCUGCGUAAGCGUGAAGCUUCAAGAUCAGUGGCCAAGCCAACAUGGAACAACUUUCCGCCAUUCAGCUGCUUCAACCUCUGGGUUCGCUUGCGUCAAGGCACCACUAACAAAGGAUCAAAAAAUUGGAAUCGGAUGAGUCCUCUCUGCAAACGAACUAUUCAAGGUGCAAGUGCGUAGAAAAUGUACCAGAGCCCACGAGCAUCCAAACUCUUCGGAUUGGGGCACAAGCGGCAACCUCCCAAAAGCGCAAACAAGUCAAAGCUUCACAAUCACACAAUCAGCUUCAUUUCACACUUUUUUCAAUGAAACACCACACCCAGGUCCAGAUCUAUCAAGGCUCUACAAUGUCCGCCAUGUUGCCUGGCGAUAAAUCUCAACAGAGUCUGCUCUACCAGCAGCUCCUCAAGCGCCAAUUGGUGCGACAGUUGGCGCAAGCGAAUUCGACACAUCUGCCACAGACCACCACCAUGGCGGUAACUCCGAACAUGGCUGUCUCUGCGGCUCUUGCUGCGGUGACCACGGCACCUCCUCUUUCCCCAGGCUUGUCUUUCCGUGCUCCGUCUACUAUGACCGAUGCCUCUCGACGCCAAACGUCUCUUCCAUCUUCCACUACAAGAAAUGAUACCAGCAGUCUGCUGCAGAUGAUGUUGUCUGUUGAACAGGAACGAAGACUUCAGCAGCACCGUCGCCUCAGUGGGUCCCAGCAGCUAUUUCAGUCUCAAGUCCAGCAGCUGCAGCAGAAUCAAAUUCAGCAGCAGCAACAGACCGCUUAUCCCUCUUCCGAACGGCUUGUGCCAUCCAAUCCCAAACCAGAAGCUGGCAACUUUCUCUUUGGUGGUUCUGCUUGGACCACUGCUUCCAGAAGCGAGUUGGCUGUUAAUAACACGCCCAAGACUGUUCGUCUGCUGGGCUGUCCUCCAAACAUGGGAGGGUUCAUGGCGGCCGAAGCGACCCCAACAAUGGCGCCAGUCGCACCCAAGGCUCAAGGUGUGGUCGACAACGGCAAUGCCUUUGUCGCCACUGACAUCCAAGAACCAGAACAAAAAGACUUGAAGAGGAAGUCUGCCGCUGGUGGCAUGUCCCGCAAGGACGCGAGGUGGGAAGAAAUGUACCAGGAGCUCUUGGAAUACAAGCGAAAAACUGGUACUUGCAUCGUUCCUCGUGGGUUUGCUGAGAACCCGAGGCUGGCAAGUUGGGUUGCUGAACAAAGGAAGCAAUACAAAUUGAUGAGGGAUGGCCGCCAGAGCAGCAUCACUGCGAGGCGAGUGGAACUCCUCAACCAAGUUGACUUUGCUUGGAAUGCCCAAGAAGCUGCUUGGGAAAAACACAUGGUUGACCUCAAGACAUUCAAGCAGCGACACGGACACUGCUCUGUUCCCCUGAACGACCCCCAGUUCCCAAAGUUGGGGUUAUGGGUCAAGGAACAACGAAGGCACUACACCUUGAUGAAGCAGGGCAAGCAGUCACACAUGACAGAGCUACGAUGCAGGGAGCUCGACUCUGUCGGCUUUUGCUGGGACACUCAUGAGGCAACAUGGCUCGAGAGGCUGAACGAGUUGCUCGCCUUCAAGAACGAAAACGGCCACUGCAUCGUCCCUACCAACUAUCCUCAGAAUCCCAAGUUGGGUACUUGGAUUCACCACCAGCGCCGUCAGUACAAGAAGUACAAGGAGGGCAAGCCGUGCCACAUUACGGAAGAACGCAUCAAGGCCCUUGACAGUUUGGGCUUUGUCUGGCACCCAAGAGACAAGUGCGCAGACGUUCUCUCUCCGGGGGAUAAAAAGGCGGCAACCGAUUUGGCAACUUUGGAUCUCAGGCCAAGGAAGCGACAGCGUCAUGCAUAAUAAUGCAUGGCCUUCUUCUUUUGAACGGGAAAGAACUUAUGUAUUAACUAUCUGGUAACUUCAUAUUACAUCAUCUACAUUCUACAUGUACCGGUAGGU